UGGGAGGGAUGAUACACAGACGAGCCCCUAACGAUAUGGGGACGACCCCCCCACAUUAAAUGCGGCAGAAUCCUCAGAAUCUAUUGUUGCAAUUGAUCUGCCUCCUUGAGUAGCCCGAAUUUCAAAGGUAUCCUACUAACUCCUACUCUAACACCUAAUCCUAUCCUUAACCCUAAUCCUAGCCCUAAUCCUAGCCCUGAGGCUGCUAGGGCGAAAGUUUAUAAUUAAGGCUUGUAGGAGGUCGAGGUCUAUAGAGAGAGACACAGCAGACGCAGGGUCUCAGAUCAAAGGAUGUAAAGCGUGUAUCUAGGCUAUAUUAGAAUAUAAACCUGGUAACCCCUAAUCCUUACGCUGUAACUACUCGUAGGCUUGCAGUUACAAACUAACCACCUAACCAGGCGUUUGUAAUAGAACACACGCACUGAGCUCGACACUCACCGCCGAUGUUCAUAGCUUACUCAAGUGGGGAGGGGUCGUCUCCAUAUCAUCAGGGGGUCGUCUCUGUAUCAUCCCUCAGAUUUGGACAAGCCAUUGAGACAAGCCAUCGAUUCCUCGAAAGGUUUCUUUAUUCUAUGAGUUGCAGUUGCUGUGAGACAAAGCUAGACUUAACUCACUAGGAUGGUUGGAACAGCACCUCUGGAGCUUCUUGGUAAAUCACAGUAGUUAUGGUAAUUAUGUCAAAGUAUAAAGACGGCUGAGGCUUCCGAGAUAAUGAAGAUGCAUCACACGAAUCAGAACCUUAAAACACUACACACCAAAUUUAAGGAUGUCAGACCAUUCAGUCCGGCUUGUCCAGCUGGUACAGGCAGCAGAGGCAAUCAAAAUUCCGACUUGGCACAAUCUUUCCCAUUGUUCGGUGCCUUACCUGUUGAUGUCCAGAACAUGGUCUGGAAAAAUGCUAAGAAAAAACCUUGUGUCACAAUCUCCAAUGGAGUCAACAUCCCAGAUCAUGGGGAAGGCCGCACAAUCCGAGUAUACAUCACUCAGUCGCCAUACUUCCAGCCCAUUCCUGACGCUCCAAUCGCGGGUCGAAAGCCUGUUCCACCAGGGCGUUAUGAGUAUAGAUGGAGACUAAGGACUUCCGAAGCUCCCUGUAAACUGGAUUUCAUCAGUCGCAACACGUGGGAAGAGUACCAGAGAAGAUUUCCACAUCGUUUGGAAUUGCGAGAUGAUCCGAAAUCCGAGGUCGUCAGAUUCGAUGCAAAUCGUGACACAAUCGCCAUGGAUAUCUCGUCCCUUUUUGCACUCAGUGACUACGCCACUCCAAUAGGCGAGCCCGGUGUUGGUGGCCAGCGUUAUGGUCAUGGACCUCCUGAGCCCACCAGAGAACUGAAGUUGAUUGGAUUCGAGAAUAUCCAGCGUCUCGCCAUACCCAUGGCAGAUCACCCACAGCGACAAGGUCUCGACUGGUUGAUCAAGAACGUAUUUACCGGCAUUCAUUCUUCGAUUCCCGGAGUCGAUACUCUUCGAGAAGACGAAGCUCCUCAUCCAGGAAGUGACUCUCGUCCCUCCAUCACAGAAGGCUUGAGACUACAAGACUUACGACUUAACACUCGCCGGGACCGCCGCGAUUUACGGCGUACCACUCAUUGGGGCCUCCGCGAUCUUUUCCUUCUCCAGCUACAGAACAUAUUCAAAGUUGAUGGGUUUUCGCAGCUACCUCUUUACACUGUUGAAUUCGUAGCUGAAUACCGUAACGAAGCCAGCAACAGAAAGGCAGCUGCUUGGGAAUUCUUCAAACGACUUCCUAACCCAGGUUAUGGUAAAGAAGAAGACGACAAGGAUGGCCCAGAACCCGAACUUCCAUGUCGAGGUCCCGAGGCCCCACCCUCUGGGACUCUCUUAGAGAGAUACAAUGGGUUGUACAGAGAGUUCUAUGAUCGGAGCGAUUCCAAUGAUAAUGAGUUUAGCGAUCCGGAAUACGACGAGGAUGGAAUGGCAGAGUCUAAAGGUGAGCCCACUCGUCGUCGGCAUCACUAUGGGGUCGCAUGCCGGGCCUGGGGGAAACGAGAGCAGAAAGAGCGCGAAGAAUUCUGUGAAAUAUUUGAAGAAGCAUAUGAGAAAUUGCGGUCCAGUGCCGGGGAACGCCCCUUCUCCGCAGCGGCCGCCCUCAAUAUCAACUUCCAGUGCGAUCGUUGGAGGAAACUAUUCGGAUUUGCAAAUUGGUUUGUAUACCUCCCAGUCCUCAAUGAAGAAGGAGACCCUCAGGACGUCGCCUGGGAGAGAUAUUUUGUUAAGACCAACAUUGAAUGGGUCACUUCAGUCGCAAACCAAGACGACGAUUGCGAAGACGUCCACAAGCGGGUUGAGAAACAAGCAGCAAUUAUUGUCUUGCGGUGGCAUGAAUACACUGAAAAACACAAGCCUAUCCUCCAGGAACUGCAUCUUAUCGGCAAGCAGCUCAAAUAUCCCCACAAUCCUGCAAAGUGGGUAAUAAAGGACGACUACAGCAUCUGAAGCCGAGUUUCUGCCCUUCGAGUUUCACUGUGGAGCUGUUGGAUGUCUUACCGUUCCUCGUUUCGGUGAGGACCUCAUGUAGAGUUCUUUUCAAACAUACGGAAUGUAAAUACCCAGAAAAUAAAACAAUAAGCUUCUGAAUAUCAUGGCCACAACCGCGCCAACAGAGAAUAAUAAAUUAAUCCUCCG